AUCCACAGUCGCGCCUCCUUGUCUGAGCAAGCCUGUCCAUAAUCCACCAAGCCUUGCACUACCUUGUUGCCUACCUUGUCUUUGUUAUUUCCUGGUGCCUUGAAGCGCUUUGGAUCCCCGACAUCAGUUUGAAUCUUGCCCACACAGGGCAUGCUCCAUACCCGUCGUGUUGAGUCUUGAUCAAACCCUCUUACCGUGGUCGCACCUGUCACAUCGGCUCCCCCUCGCGCCACCAUGUCGAAUGCGGAGAAAUCAACCGAGCUUGCCCUGCAGGUAUUCUUCGGUAUCUUUGGAGUCAUAGGUACCAUCGCGACUCUGGCUGGUCUUCAUCGACAUGAUUCGCUUGGUUGCGUUUUGGUUCGGCGCAUGAGGGGUCGUCAAAUCAUCCACGAACACGGUCAUGAUGUUGAGGCAUUUACCAGUAGCCUUGCCAGCUUGGCUGAUGUGACCGACGCCCCUGACGACACUGUCCCGUGUGAGCGAAAGUCCACUUUGCCCCCCACCUACGAACAGUCCAGUGACGGAUCACACUCGGAGGCUAUCUUUGGAUCGGACUUGAACGCCAGCCUCUUUACCAGCAAGGCUACUGGUUCGCAAUAACAACUGCAUUGUGUCAGAAAAAGGUUCGAUGAUAAGAGGAGGGGUAACGCUUAGAAUAUUGAGAAAUAGAAUAAUGUAUGUACAUAAAAAG